UACACUGCCUACACCGCCACGCUACCCACUAGCCGUGUCAGCCCUCGUUUGCGACCGGUUUUCACAUAAUUGGAGGAUUCUUUCUGUGAUGAAUGUGUUAGAAGUAGUUGCGUUAUAACACAACGUGUGUUUUGAUGUGUGUUUUGUCAUAAUUUGACCCGGAAUCAAUGUGGUUAGUGUAGAAAAUGUUGUCUAGUGCCCUCGCUAAGACUCGGCACGGCUGCCUUCAACGAGUCAGGCAGUAUUGACCAUUAGUUUCUUCCUUAGCCAUUUUUAUCUGUGGAUACAUCUAUUUUCGCCGAGACUUGUUCGAGCUGACUCGUAGAAUUUACACAGAAAUACUAACUGAAAUUGGGAAAUUAGCCUAAUUUAUAGUAAUUAGCAUGAGGUUAUUGUGAUUGUUUUAAUAAUAAUUAAUAUUGUUAGGGAUUAGUUCAUUUUUGCUGUGACUGAACCAAUCGGGAUUUUGUUUUAUUCUGAAUGAACAUUGGGAUAUUUUCUUCUUGUGACUGAUGACUACACCGGCUUCACAUAAAAGCAACAGCUAAAGGUCUGGAAAGUUCUAGAUAAAAGGCUAGAAGGAUGAUACAACUCGAGAUGAUGCCCGGACACACAGCCGUAACACAGUAUUGACCAGACGACCAGCCCAGACCACCUUGACCAGCAUCUAUGAAGCAGACGACUCAGGGGAGAUAACCCGCGCAAACAAUGAGUAAAGACGAGAAGAAGUCAUCUCCCAGCCCGAACCCUGGGCUGCUCUUUGAUCCAUCUCAUCUUUUAGGUGUCCACUCUCUAGCUGCCUCUGGUUUUUCCUUCCCUCACCUGGCCCACCUAGCCAAUCCCUACUCACUUCUGGGACAACCCCCAGGUUUUCCUGGGCUGUUUGGUGGUCUGAGUGGGAUUCACAACCCGCUUCAUGCAGCAGCACUUAGCCACAGCCUUGCAGCAGGGGGUUCAGAAUGGUGGCGACUGGCAUCUGAACCGCUCCCUCUUCCAACACCAACUUCUUCCUCUGCUGCUACGGCAUCCUCCUCAAACACCGUCACGACCACCGCAGCAUCUGGUGGCAGCAACCCUUCCACUGUCGUUCUCCCUGACCUCGAGCUCUCGGCUCACAAUCCCCUGGGACUAGGCUUCUUGGUGGGGAAUCUGGGACUGCUGGCUCCCGCCCCACUGGGACCUGACUCUAGCGUCGUUGACUCAACUAAAUCUAGUAUUGGUCUUUUGCUUGCCUCUCCUUUGGAGUUAUCCAAGCCUUCGUCUUAUUAUGGCCUUCCCAAACACCCAGGAGAGAUGGGCUCACCCCCGCCAACCUCGGCAUCACCGUCAUCUCACAAACGAGGGAGGUCUUCAAGGUCUGCUGCAGCUUCAACAUCUGCCUCACCGUCUUCAUCCUCUUCAUCACAGAGACAGUCGUCAUCGCCAUCUACAUCAUCAGCGCACACCCCGUCUUCAAUACCUCCCUACCUACACAGCUGGGCUAUGAAUGGCUCCUCCCCAUUCCCAUUUCCCCACCCGUCCAUCCCCGGAGCUGAAGUCAAGCCCGCCAGGAGGUCUAAGAAAGGUUCAGAAUCUCGGGACAGCAGUGGGUCUCGGGGACCACAGUCAUCUCCCCUGCUGUCUAUACCAACGGCUCACUCGACCCAUGAGCCUAGACCAAACAAGGACAGAUCACUCCCACCUCCUGCUGCUCAUUCAUCUGUAGAUAACAAGUUACUUCCCCACGACAGUUUUGCCUUUGACCCCCGAACAUUGAUUACACCGUAUCACAUGUCACCGGAGUUAGCGUACCUGUCUCAGUCUUUAUUCCUCCAUCGCCCAGAUCUGGGUCAUCGGCCCGAGCUAGGCCUGCCAUCACCUUUUCUAACAUCCUCGACGUCACCUUCCACUGCAACAACAACAGCACCAUCAACAUCAACCAGCGCCAGCCUUGAGCCUGGUCAGCUCUUGUCAUCAACAUCUAAACCAUCAUCCACAAGGCCACCAUCCUCAUCGUCAUCAAAAGCUGCUGAAAAACUAAGAAAUGAUAAGGUCGCAAAAGAAAAAGAGAAAAAUGAAGUAGUGAAUCUAGACAAGCAACCAGCAACAUCUAAUGGCAUAAGAUUCCCUAACAACAGUGAUGGAAUCAAUGUUAGAGAGAUAAGCCAUGAUGAGCUUGAUGAUAGAAAUUUGAAUGAUCCAUCCCAUUUCAUGGAUGACGAUAGAAAGAAGAGAAUAGCAGAUGAAAUUCGCAAAAGAGUUGGCAUGCAUGAUGGCAUGACAGACAUUUUAUCCAAACACAAUUUCCACCAAGCUGAUUGGUUGAGCGGUGCGUUGUCUGCUGGCUUGGACAGGCCCGUGGCGGGACCUUCCAAGGCUUCAAGGACCAGGACGGACAGUGAGAGUUCCCAAAGUGGAAGGAGGUCUAGGGAGUCUGAGCUGUCUGAGAAGAUACGUCUAGAAGCAGAACUCCAAAGGCAGGAGGAACAACUCAGAAAUUUGCAGAAACGCUACUCACUGGGAGAAGAGAGCAUGUCCAGUGCGCUUGAUGAGUCGUGUGAAUCUGUUGGACCUUCAGAAACCGAGGAGUCAAAGAUGGACAACAGUUCUGCCAGUAUAGGAAGCCAGUCAGGUUCAGAAUCUGAUGGUUCUGAGUCAGGGAAACGUGGAGCUGAAGGGAGCACUGAUGAAGGGUCUCCUAACAAAAAGCGCUGUACCCAACUGGACGAGCGCGAGCUGAUAAUUCCACUGGAACAUGGUUGGAACAGACAGACCAUCAUUAAUGGCAUGGGUCGCAGGGGCAUUGUGGGUGAAGUCUUGUACUUUGCCCCCUGUGGUAAAAAGAUGAAGACAAUACCGGACGUCAUGAGGUAUUUGGAACGGAAUCCUAACUCCGAUCUUGGGCGUGAGAACUUUUCAUUCAAUACAAAAGUAAAUGUGGGCCAUUUUUAUGAAGUCAGAAGUGGACAAACUGGGGGACAGCCAGUUCCUCUCUCUGACGCUGAAGUGGUGGAGAAGAUUGAGAUGUCUCGUGGGAAGCGGGCCCGCAUGCAGAUGUUGGCCCGUCAGAAGCGCGAGAAAGCGGCCAAGGAGCAGGCGCUGGCCAGGCAGGUGAUGGAGAACAAGCUGAAGCGCAGGAUUGAGUUACAAGGUGCUCACAAAAUCUCACGUCGUGCAUCAGAGAUGAGAUUUGAGAAAAAGGAGGAGCGACAGAGGCUAAAAGAAAUGGAGAAGAAAGAAAGGGAGACAAAAGUUCUAGAGAGAAGGAAAGAAAAGGAGCAGCACAAACGAGAUAAGCAGCAGGAGAAGAUCAGGGUUCAGGAGCAGCUACGCAGGGAGCGAGAGCUUAGGGCGCAGCAGAUUAUUGAAGCUCGCAACAGGCGUCAGAGGGAGUUGGAAGAGAUGAGGCUGGCAGAUGCAGUACAGAGGAAUAAGGUUUGUGAGCGGGACAUGAAAAGACAACAGCUGGUCAUCAUGAAAGAGCAGGAAAGGGAGAGAAGAAGACAACAUUUGCUGUUGCUGAAAGCCUUGGAGCAGCGCAAACGUCAGGAGGAGAAACAGACUAAGGAACGCCUUAGAGAAGAAAAAUUGCAUGAGAAAAUAAAACAAAAAGAAAUGAAAAUGCAUCAGAGAAGAGUUGAACUCGAGGUUGCCAUGGAGUUAAAAAAACCAGUUGAAGACAUGGAGCUUAAAAACGCUAAGCCCCUCCCUAAGUAUCCCCGUAUGAAGACCAAGCUUGCUGGACGCCCAGUGGCAGAUUGUCUGAUGGUGGUUGAGUUCCUCAACAACUUUGGUGUCGCCCUCAACCUGGAAAAAUCCUCCAUCCCAACCCUGGAGUCCCUAGAGAAAGGCUUGUUGAAUGAAUCUGAUGAUGAUGUGGAGGAACUCAUGUCCCUAGUCAUGCAUUUGUUGAGGUUUGCACUGGAUGAUGUGGGGGUUCCAAACCCUAAAGAGGCCACAACCAGGCUGAACCAGAAAAUCACUGAGAUGGAGAUGACAGACACCACCAUGUCAGAAGUUUUACGAAUCUUCCUCAAAGCUCGUGGAGAAAAAGAGAUGAUGGAGUGGCUGAUAGACAAACCAAUGGAGGCUCUCAACCCAACCAAGAAGGCGGCCAUCUUGGCAUUUUUGUGCAAUGAACUUUUGACCAGCAAAGUCAUAACUAAUGAAAUUGACAAGCAUAUGGAUGCGAUCAACAACCUCAGACGAGACAAAUGGGUUGUUGAGGGGCAGUUAAGACAACUGCGCGUCUUCCAAGCCAGAAAGUUUAACAAAAUUCACAAAUCAUCGGAUCGACGUCCCAACAACUCUAGUGGUGUGCAUGAUGAGGAUACCAUGUCCUCAUCAAAAAUGGGCAGUGAGGAUGAAGAUGAUAAGGAUGAUGAUGACGAUGAAGGCAGCGGCAAUGAAAGCGAUGGAUGCAGCAGUGUGAUGACCAACUCAUCCUCCGCCUCUAACAUGCCGUUUGAGCCUAUUGAUGAAAGUUUAACAAGAGAAGAAUCUGAUAAGAGGUUGGAGAAACUGAGAAAACAACACGCUGCGUACAGACAGAAAGUGUUCCGGGCAUCUCUGCGUCUGCGGGCCAUCAACAUUGGCCAGGACAGGUAUAAGAGGACAUAUUGGGUCCUGCCCCUGACCGGGGGCGUGUACGUGGAGGGGAUGGAGUCAGGUGUGCCUGAGGAUUACAUCAAAGCUGGUGAGGCCCAAGUGGACACUAAAACUGACCAGUCGGGGGAUGUCAAGGUUGAGGUCAAGGAGGAGAAACAGGAGGGCAGUGAGGUGGAGUCCAGGGUUAGCUGCAAUACAGAGAUAACUGAGGUAGCAGAGGGGAAGAAAGAAACUAGAGAGGAAGUUGGUCCAGUGGAUGAUUCAGUUUCAUGUGAGAAACAGACUGUUGAUGCAGGGGUUGGUAUAGGCAAUAAUGUGGAUAGUGAUAAGUGUGAGAGCGUGUUAAAUGUAAUAGAUUCAGUGGGAGAAGACAUCUCAAAGACAGAGAACUCUGUAUUGAAGGGAGAUAAUUGCAUAUCAAAGGAAGAUAAAUCUGUCGUGUCUGAGGUGAGUUCCUGCCCUUCGGAGUCUGGUAGAGACAUAGAGGAGAGUGAGGAGCUAGAUUGUGAGAUGGAGGACGAGGAGGACACACCAGCCACACCAAACAUUGAGAUAAGAGACAAGGGCAUUGAUAAUAACAACAUUGGAGUUACUUCCCUUAAGCUAGACCAGGUGGGGUUACCAGGUGCCAAGGUGUGUCCUGCACUGGAUAAAACAGGUGACGCAGCAGACAUUUUUAACAACCACUUCAAUGCGGUUGGACCUACACAUCUGGCUGCAUGGCCACAUAUCAAAUUUUGUGCUAAUACAAACAGCAGUGUGUCCGAACCGGAGAAAGAUCUUGCAUGUAGGGCGGAGAAUGUUGCCGCCGUGCCAUUCAAACAUGAAAAUGGCUCUCAAAUGAUAGACAAAGUUCAGAAAUUCAUUCCAGCCGUUGUUCCUCCCAGUGGGAAAGAUGAAAGUGGUCCCCCGGCUCAUAAAUAUUUAUCCAGUAAUGGUUGUGAUGGUGGUCAGACCCCAGCGCUGCCGGAUGACUUAUCACUAAACGGGAUUCCCAAAAAGGGCGCAGAGCCCUUUGACAAGCUCGGCUGUCGUAGCUCUGACAUUCUCAAGGUGCCGAAAGUGGGCGUGUCCCAGCGUAAAGGUGCGGCCAGUCAACCAGACGUGGCCCAGCUUGACCUGAGCAUGGGCCAGCCCAAGAGAGAGACCCUGGUGGCCCUGUUGAACCAUUCGAUUCACCAGGCGUACAAGUGUGAUGAUCCUGAGGAUUUGCCGCUGAAAGAUUCCACCAUUGUGGUGCCACCAUCAGUCCCCUCGGCACCGUCUCUACUAACCUCGUCACUGCUGUUCUCAGCCAUACCAAAAUUACCUCAUCUAACACAUUCUAAAGGGCCAGAACCCAUCUCAAUAAGUGCCUCCGUGCCUAUUGACUUUACAGCAAAAUCAAAACUGUCAACCGGUAGCUCCCUUCUGGCAUCCACCCCUAUUCCAGCGCACACAAAGCCAAUAAAUCCACAACCUCUGCCGCCCUUCCACCCCUCUGCUCAGGCUAGUCCAUUGUUAGAUCUGACACCCCCUGCUGCCCACUCGGGCCACAAGUCCAACAAACCAUCCACUCUACCUCCCCUGUCUGCUGGCCCCGCACCCUCACCUCACCUCCCCCAGCCCCCGUUUAUCCCCGGCCUCUCCCAUCACCCUUACGGCCCAUCUAGUGCCUCCGAAACUUUGUCUAGCUUAGCAUCCAUUGUCUCCCCUCCACCUGCUCACAAUAAUCCAAUCACAACAUCCGCCAUAUCCGCACCUCUUCUCACCUCCACCCCCAUCCUGCCUCGCUCCAACUCCAAUGUUUCUAAAACACGCAGCACAUACCCAAAAGUUGACUCCAUUUUGAAAGGGGAAGCGACCUACUCUUCCUCUGAACUCCUCCAGCAAGCGGCCUCUCAGGUGCUGAGAUCUGCCGAGACCAAAAAACAGCUGCCAACCACAUCGUCAGAGCCAGACAAGGGCCAGCAACUCACCGCAGACCAGGGGAACAAACCCAGCUCUGAGGUCGUCGACCACAAAGUCUGGUUCAGCCUGUUGCCGCGCAUGCCCUGUGAUGAGUUCUCCCUGACCCAGCCCAUCCACGGGCAGCCCUCGCCACAGUCAUCGCACUACCAGCUCUCUCCAUCUGCGAUAUCCGUAUCCGCUUCGUCAUCCUUAUCCGCGCUCAGUUCAUACCUCAGCUCCCCGAGCGCGGCAAACUUCGACAGCCUGCUGCCACUGAUCCAGUCCAACCCAUCCAUCCUGUCGCAGGAUCCACUGUUCACCUCCCUGCAGCUGCUGACCAGUCAGGUCACACCAUCCGUCUCACCCACCCCCUGCAGUACACCUGGCCUGGACUCUGCCGGUGAGUUCAAAGUUCCACCGCCCCCUGACAUGGCCUUCCAGUCUGACCCCUGGGAUAUCUUACGAGCUGCCCAAGGGGAGGCACAGCCUAUACCAAAAAAUGAACAACAUGGGUGGUGGAGGAUCUAUGACAUUGCCAUGCUGAAGUCUGUCAUGCCCUGCACCUUAAAUCGAGGCAUCAGAGAGAAAAACUUGCAGAGGUCAAUCCACAGGUACCUGGAUUAUGCAAGGCUACACUGUACUUAUGAUUCAGAGAAAGGGGAGAUAAAUCCAGAAACUGGCCAACCUGUACUUACUGAAAACAAAGAAACACCAGAGAAAGAUGACAUAAAACCAGAUGAGGACAAGAGCAUGGAGGUGGACAAGGUGGACACUGAGGGGCCAACACCUGAACCAGCUGACUCUUCAGCACAGGAGGUAGACAAACCUGUAGAGGAAGUGAAAGUAAAACUAGAGGAAACAGCAGAGGAAAAGCCCAAAGACAGUGAGGUUAAGGUGGAUUGUCUGCAGGCUGGGGAAAACAGUGUGGAGGACUUUGUUCCACCUGACGACCCAGAGAACUGGUCAAUUUCAUGUAUGCAUCAGAUCGAGAUGGCCGCGCUUGACGAAGUGGAGGCGCUGGAAGAGAGGAUCUUUCAGGCCAGUCUACAAGCCAAGCAAGGGUGGCGCCCCAACAAAGACAACAACAUCACUCUGGUGGACAGGUCAGUGAAGGAUGUCAGCGACACUGAGAGCUACCCGCUGGACAUUGCCAUCUCACGUCUGCUGCAGUUGGAGGCCAACAUUGAGAGGCGCUACCUGAAACCUCCCCUCAUCAGAAGUGUCCAGCUGAACCUGUCCAGCCUGUCCUCACACACAGACCGGAUUGACGGAGACUUUGGUGAUGACGAGGACAUCCCCCCAGGUCUGCUGCUGUGGAGGCAGGCGGUGGUCGGCUCUGAGAGCCCGGCCCAGCUCAGUCUGUGUACACAGUUGUUGGCCAAGUCCAUCUCCUGGGAGAAGAGCAUCAUGAGGGUGACGUGCCAGAUAUGUAGGAAAGAUGAUAAUGAGGCUCAACUUUUGCUUUGUGAUGGCUGUGACAAGGGUUACCACACCUAUUGCUUUAAGCCCAAAAUGGAAAACAUUCCAGAUGGUGAUUGGUAUUGCUUUGAGUGUGUUUCAAAGGCCAGUGGCACGCCCCACUGUGUUGUAUGUGGUCGCCCAGGUGGCAGGAUAGUCUCCUGCUGCAAGUGUCCCAGGUACAUCCACCUGGAUUGUCUGGACCCACCUCUACCUCGCAUGCCCAAGAAAUGGCAGUGUUCCAACUGUUUAGUGGAAAAGGGAAACUCCAAACGUAAAAAACGUAAGGAGAGCCUACCCACAGUACAGAGGAUUAUAGUGACCAAGCUGGUCAAGGAGGACACACUGGACACUGAGGAGUGUUCUAUGGUUUCCACUUCAUCCGGGGGAGGGGGGUGCGUGGAGGUGGACAAAAACAGCAAAAAAACACCCACUGCACCAUCGUUUAGCCUCGACUCAUCACAGCAAUCUAGUCCAGAGAAGAAGAAAAGGAAAAAGAAAGAAAAAGAGGGCGGGCAGGCUGAUUUCUCUCCCCCACCCAAGAAAAAAGAGAAGAAAGAGAAAAAAGAAAAGAAAGAGAGGAAACCCAGAGAGAAGAAAGAGAAAGUGGAGGAGAGUGAGAAAUCUCCUGAAGUGGAGGACAAGAAAGUUGAAAAGGGAAGUAACAAAGACCUGGUGAUUUGUGGAAAACUGUUGAGCGAGCUAGAGAAACACGAGGAUGGCUGGCCCUUCCUUAAGCCAGUCAACAGGAAACAGUUCCCCUCCUACAAGAAAUACAUCAAGACUCCCAUGGACUUCACUACUGCCAGGAAUAAAAUAAAAGCUAAAGAAUACAAACACAGACAGGAGUUUGCAGCAGACAUGCGGCUCAUUUUCAACAACUGCGAAACAUUCAACGAGGACGACUCCGAUGUGGGCCAGGCCGGGUUCAUCAUGAGGCAGUUCUUUGAACGCCGUUGGCUGGAGCUGUUUCCUGAUGACGCCCCCUAGACUCCGCCCUCCCUCAUCUCUUGCACAUUACCUCUAUGGUAUCAAAACACCUGUUACAGGUGGGAAUCGUACUGGCACUGAGGUGAAAUCUUAAACCAAAAAAAAGAUUUUCAUUCGUGAAAACCACCAACGUCAUGUUACCAGCAACCGCUGUGUCAUGACCUUGAACUUGGAUCUAAACUGCAUUGCUUCUGACUUUGAAAAAAAGGAAAAGCUAAAAGACUUUUACAACAGAUAAAAGGUACUACAGUAAUAACUCUACUUCCUCUGGGAUUAUUGAGCUCCUUAGUCAAGUGUUUGUAGUUGUUUUUUUUUUGUGAAGGUCAUAUCUGUUGACCUUUUGUGAUUGACCAAUCAAAUUGCUUGAAUAUCUUUGCUGUCUAGUGAUGUUGAACUCUGAACUUUUGUUCAUGUUUUUUCAAAUGAUAACUUUACUUAUCUGUGAAUAGCAUGUGAGAAAUUUAAAACAAAAAAAAAUUUUUGUGGUAAUUCUGCCUAGGUUAAUUUUUGCCUUAAUUAAAAGUUAAUUACCUUUUUUUUCUUAUAAGUAAUGACCAAGUGAAAGUGGGAAUGUGACUUUGCCCUGAUUCCAACGCACAUUUUGUGUUACAUUUCUGUCAUACUUUUCCUUACAAAUGUGCCCUAAUAAUUAAACUGUACAUAUGUGAAUACGUUAUGAUUUCUUGUAUGGUAAUUCUGGGACCCUUGAAUGACCCAGCAGUUGAUGGGUCAAAGUUCACAGGUCAGAUCAAAGUUCAAGGUGGGGUCAGAAGAUCACAUGACCUGUUGACCUGAAUGUCAUAAGUUUAUAGGUCAGUCAGGUAAAGAAGGCAAGUUUCCAGGGGUCAGAUGAUCACAUGACCUGUUAGAACAUGUGCUAGCCGGCCAGUGGAACAGUCCAAAGGACUCCUGGCACUGGUCAGCCACUGCUGGAAGAUAGCUGUGGUCAGAGAUCACAUCAUUACCUGGACACAGGUGAUGGCCAGGUCAUGAAAAUAAAACUGCACUCAUUAACCUUUUAAAUAUUUAAAAUCUGGUCAGCUGACAUUUUCUAUGUAUACAUUUUUUUUACCCCCCAGUCUUUUAACUUUGUCAAUCUUUCAGCUUUUCUUUAGAAUAAAAUAAAAAUGUACAUUUAGCUAUUGACUUCAGCUACCACUGUCGUAGACACAUUGCCAAUAGAUGCUGGUUCAUCAUCUUUGAUGAAAUUAAUCAUACUUUCACCAUAAACACUUUUCAUAUAUCAUAUCUCCAUUUCAAUUUUUUUUUAAUGAAUUUUUCACUCAACAUAAUUAAAGUUUCAUAAUAUUGAUUUAUUUUUCUCUUCAUCAACUUCAUUGUGAUUGUGUUACCAUUUUAUUUUUGGCUAUUGAUACAUGUGCUUGACUUACUGUAAAGACUCAUCCAUUCGUGUCAGAUGUUUAUAUUGUACCGCUCAGCUUCCUGUGACCAAAUGUGUAUAUUGGAUCUGGUUGAAAUUAAUUUAUUUACUAUUUAAUAUAUACAUGACCUGUGUCUAGAGUUGAGCAAUAUAGGUGGACAGUAGUCCCAGCAGUCUGUCAAUGUGACACUCUGAUGAAUUUGUUUUUUAUACUGUCUGGUCUAGAUUAAAAUAUCAAACCAUUUUUUAAUGUCUUUUUUAUGUUGUGGGCAUAUAUUUUUUUUUUUUACAUAUUUGAAUAAUUGAUAAUUUUUUUGUGUAAACAUUGUUAAAACUUGUCAAAAAAUCUUAAAAUCAAUAAACUUGUAUACGGUUGUUUCAAAAAAAAUUUGUUUCGGGAAUAAACUUCUUCUCUUUCAAAUGCUGAUGUUUUUAAUAAAAAUGAUUCAAAUUUUCUUCCUUUAUUCAUCUGAUAUUUACUUGCCGAUGAAUUUAAAAACAAAAAAAAAAUUUAAUUGUUGUUUUGAACAUUCUGUAUUUAACCAGGAAUUGAUGAAUUCCAUUUUGUGACUUGGUCUAGAUCAAGCUUCAGCCACUUUUAAAAACAUUUACAUAACGUUAUUUAAUCAGCUUGGAUUCAUUUGUUGGAGCGAUAUAUUAAUUAAACUAAUUGUCAUAAUCACAGA